CAGCCUUCUUCAUGAUAGGUCUACUUUACCUGAUCCAACCGGCCACUGCUAUCCACUUUGGGUGGAGAGCAACAGGUUUGUCAAGAAGGACCAUUGAGCCCUGAUUCCAUACUGUCGAUACCCGCUUACAUUGUUGUAGACGCAACAGCUUCCAAAGUACAGCUUCAAGCAAUGAUGAAUCGGAACAUUCCCAUCAACGUCGGCAUGUCUCUUCCGGAGCGUCUUGAAGACGCCAACAAGAUCAUCAAGACGUUCUCUAGCUUGCCAUCCUGCCACAAAGUCGCGACCGCUGCUUUGAUGCACUCCUGCUCCGCUCCUCGGGAUUCUGACGAGCCUUCCGCCAUGAAUGUUGUCCUAUCUGACGCAUGGAAGGCAUACGGAGCUGGACUUGCCGUCUGCGAAUUGCUAGAAGCACAAGCCGACAUUCCUCCAAACUGCGCUGCCUUUGUGCCAAACGAAGCGAACACCAAGAAGCGUGCAAUGGCUGGUUAUCUUUUCGACGAAAGUCACAGUAAACCGUCAACUCUCUAUCCUCAAUACGACGAGAUCACCAACAACCGUCUCGGUGGCUGCCUCACCGCCCUGGAGCAGAGACCGCAGUCCUGGACCAGCUACAGCAAUUCUAAGCAGAACGCCGUGGUGAUUUGCCACACACUACAAGGCGAACUGCAGAUGGAGCAAAGCAUCAAGACGUACAAGAACAUCAUGCAGAGUCUUGGUCUCGUGGGCGAGCAGCACGAGCAGAUGGCGCAAAUGUAUCAAAACCAGUUUUUUGAAACUCAGGCGGCUGUGGCACAGUUUCUGGUCGACCUUGAGACUCGCUGGCGCGGCAUGCACACUGACAUGGCCGACACGACGGCUGAAUACACGAAGGCGCAUGGCGAACAGCUGUUCCAGGUGCUUAUGAACGCCUCUAUGACCACUCAGUUGAGUCUGCAGAAAGUGAACGAGUCCACCACCGACUUCGCCGCCCGCUUAUCCGCUUUUCUGGGGCAGCAAGAAAUGCGCGUCACAGACCUUGCGACGCAGAUGGAGUACGUCACCCAAUACGCCGCACAGCACCUGCUAUCAGAACUCGGCAAAAUCAGCGAAGGCUUCGAUUUGCAGCAAGACAUCGUUCUCGAGAUCAACAGCGCCAUCAACAAACUCGCCAGCAACAUCGGAGCCGUCGCCAUACAAGUCAGCAGAACCAACGCCGAGCUUCAAGCUUCAGAGCUUUCCGCAAAGGAAGUGAGUCAAGUCCUGGUCAAGAUGAAUCAAACGGCUGGCGACGCAGCGCAGAGCCUGGCGUCUCUCACCUGGUUCUUGCAAGUCGACUGGCCCAGCGUUGCGGGCAAGGCGGCGCUUUUCCUCGUCUGCGUGGCGGUGAUUCCGCUGCUGAGCUUUGGACUGUGGGAGCGUUGGGCUGGCCUUUCGUGCAAGGGCAACUGGGCGGCGGCAGUGGGUACUGGUUUGGCCACCGGAUUUACAGCAUGCCUCUACGUCAACCCUACCACCUUCCUCCGAGCAUCCCCGACGGACGUCUUUCAAGACGAGCUGCACGCGAGCAGGGAACUCAUCGCCACUUUCCUCGUCAUCGGUGCGCUUCUUGGCGCUGCCGUCUGCAUGGGUACUCAGUUCCUAUGCUCAACUAUCCACGUCUACAUGCACAGUCGCUCCCUUGAGCUCAGCCAGCUCGAUGGUGACAACAAGCGCAACGCCAUGUCGGAGGCUUAGAAGAGGGGGCCUGCAUUGAGCAUUCCGCUGCUCAUCACACAAUUACGCACACGGUCUUUGCUGCAGCAACAUCGGAGUACUUGGAGCCAGGAAGUCGGGCUUUCGCUUUUCGUCAUUUGCUGGGGAACGAGUAUAUGGUUAUCUAAGGC